AUGGCCAAGGGAAAAGACAAUCAAGGAAAGAGAAACCAAGAGAAAAACGAGAUGAUGAUGUGGACUGGAACUGGAAUUAAAGAGAAUGACAGAUAUAGAAAAGAUUUAACAAUCGGGAAUUCUGAAUUACCUCCGACGGAUGUCGUCGCUGGACUCAUCGAUUGCUGGAAACCAUGUCCGUUAGUCUGCAUUCGGGCAUACUGA